AGUUUCAGACAGAGCCGCAGAACCAACAGAGGACGAGUACUGCUUUGAUUCUCACGUUGGAAGAAAACGUAAAUAAUUUGAUUCCGGUCCCUUUUCUUUGAAAUAAUACUGAAUGCAUGUCCUGGGAGAUGCAUAACUAAAACGUGUUCAAACAUCCGUCUACUGACUUUCCACAAAUGUUUGUUUUUUGUCUGAGAAUCUGCACAAAAAACCCAGAGACUACCGAGUGUUACCAGCAAAUAUUCAAAUAGCUGUCAGCUGAAGGAUGAAAGGUGUAAGGCAAAUACAAAGAAUAGUGCAGGACAUUAAAAAGAAUGAAGGUGGGAUUAUCAGGAAGUUUAAAAAGUUCCAAAAUGUGCAAGUGGCAGCGAUGCGUAAAACUGGGAAAAAUACUUGGGAUCGAAUCACUAAGCAAGCACCACCUACUGUUCCUCAUAGAGAUUACACAGAAGGAGCUGAAGGACCUGGUGGUGAACGGUGGUCUGACAAUGAAUUUGAUAAUAGUGAUUAUGAAAACCCAGAUGAACGUUCUGAAGACUCUGACACUUACGAAGAUCCACGUGAAGACGGGGAAGGUGAUGAAAACUAUGAGCCACCUCCGAGUGAAAAUCCCAAGAAAAUGAUUCCAAACAUUUUUCAAGGUUUUAAAAGUGAAUAUGCAGACAAUCAAGCAGCAAGCCGGCCUGUGGUCCCUUGCUCAAAGCCGUCUCCGGUUCCAAAUAAGCGGAAGAUGCCUCCACAGCCCCGGGGACGGAAGGAAGAUGAUGAGGGUGAUUACAUUGUCCCCAUGAAGGAUAGUGAACCCGAAGAUGCAUACAUUGACCCCACAGAGAAAAGUGUCCUUCGACCAAUGUUGAAAGCUCCUCUAGUGAACAGAGCAGGCAAGCCACCCAGCAAACCGACAGGUUCAUCAUCCAGUCCCAAAGCAGGGCACUUCCACGAUUCAGACCAUGCUGCAUCUGAGGCACAGUCACGGUCAGAAAGCCCACAGUUUCAAGAUGUGUACGAAGUUCCAGAUGAAGUGGAGCCUUCACCACCAAAGUUCAGACCUAAGCCACAACUUCCGAAACCCGGGUCUUCAGGAACAGGGAGUCCACUUUUACUUGCUCGCUUUCUUCCCAAAGUGGCCAUUACGCCAGAAGUACUCAGAAAAGAGUCACCACUGAACAGAAAAGUUCCCGCUUUGAAAACUGAGGAUGACAGCGAAGAUGAAUAUGAAGUUUGUGACCAUGAGCCAGGUGAUUCCACAGAGGGUUCCAGGACCUUCAAUGUAUCAGAAAUCCCAAUACCACCACAAAGGGAACUGAAACCAACAAACAGGCCACUCCCAAAGCCGAGAAUGCUGGAAUCCAGGGAGCAUCCACACACGGAAGGUGAAAGGCACAAGAUUCCCGAUAAACCUCGACCCACCAAUCCAGUUGAAGUUCCAACUUUGCCAGCUCCACGCUAUGGUCCCAAACCACAGGCAUUGAGAUUACCGCCUGCAAACCAUCCAAAUAUUCCAGAAACUCCACCCAGACACAAUGAAAUUCCGGCACGACUUUACCCAGCGAAUCCUCCCAGUCCCAGUUCUCAUUCAAGUUUUGAACAGGAUCCGAGUGUAGAUGGCAAACCCUGGUUCACUAAUCAGUGUGAUCGAAAAACUGCAGAAGAGGCAUUGCAGAAAUUCAAUAAGGACGGAUCAUAUCUUAUAAGAAAAAGCUCUGGACAGGACAUACGGCAGCCUUAUACAUUAGUUGUAUUAUACAAAAGAAAAGUCUACAAUAUUCCUGUGCGCUACAUUGAACUAACGCAAGAGUAUGCAUUGGGGAAAGAAAAGAGUGGUGAAGAGCGUUUUUUCAGUAUUGCUGAUAUUAUUGAAAACCAUCAGAAGAUUCCCUUGGUUCUCAUCGACAGUCAAAAUAACACCAAAGAUUCGACCAAACUGAAAUAUCCAGUCAAGGACUCGUGAAGUGUGUUUACUGAAUAGUAUUUAUAUCAUUUCCAUUUUAUAUCAUAUUUUCAAAUAAUGCAAAUUAUUUGAAUAAAAUGAGAUGUCUAAAUUCCUAUAAGAGAUGAAUUUUGUCAUGGUUAUUGUGUUAGUCAUAAUUCAUGAGCAGUUGAAACCAUUUUAUCAUUUAACCUAUUUAUUUGGACCUCAAAGGAAUUUAUUUUCAACAAUAAAACAUUAUUGAAGCUAUUGCAUGGUAUAAAAUGUCUACCACACAGAUGACAAAAAAAAAUAUUUUCUUGUCUACUCUUACUAAAAACGUGCUAUUUAUACUGUUGAACAAUGGUAAUAAAAUUUUUAAAUGAG